ACACAGACACACACACAUAUACACACACCUCACACCGACAGAGAUCAACCCGGACUACACAGGAUACACACCACAAUACACCACUCUCAGAGAUGGCGUGGUGCAGAACAGUUCUCUGGUUCUGUCUCUUAGCAACAAUGUAUGAGAGACGCUGCUCUGCUCUUAGUAGUUUCUCCAGAUCCCUCAGUCUGACACGUGCCGUCCGCUCCAACGUACAGAAUCUUCUACUCAGAUACAAAGAAGAACAAUUUGGAGAUAAACACUUUGAUGACAAGAGAAUCGUAUUGAACACACUGCCACCAGUCACCAUAAACUAUCGGAUGUGGCUUCAAAUGGAGGAUGCUGAGCGCUUGUUCCGUGCCUCUCGUGACCUUCAGUUGUUCUGGUCUCACCUGGAGAGUCAGCGUCAGAAACUGCAGGGAAACAGUGAAGUUGAAGAGAGAGCGAUGAACAUGAAGCCGAGAAACAGGCGAGGAAGACCACUUCAGUCCUUAUCCCAGAGCAUUCUGGGAAUCCAGCUGGACCUCCGAGACCUCAUCAGACAAGUCAACUCUCAGCUACUUAGCAUGAGCACGUCAAACACACCUCCUCCGACCUCCACCUUGUCCACCACCAUUUCCUCGUCAACAUCCAGGCCGAGCGCAUCCCCGAUCUCGACCUCCACCGCGUCUCCACCCGGCUCCACUCGUUCAGCUCUGGACCUCAUCCUGUCCAUCACUCCACGCAGCAUUGACGUCCAGUCAGUCCCUCGGCACGGACAGCGUGAGCCAUCCCCGGGUCCGGUGCAGCAGAAACCGGACACGUCUCGGUGGAUGUCGGUUCUCGAGGGCUACGUCAUCCUCCGUGACCUGGAUCGCUACCUAUGCAGGCUAGUGAGGGAUUAUACGCUGCUCCGGGCUAAAUCCUGAAAUCCUGGCAUGUACACCAGCACAUGAAUGAAGGAAAAAAAAAAAAAGAAAAAAGGAAAAAGGAAAAAAAAAAAGAGGGAAAACCAAGUGUUUAACCUUGCACACAUGAGCACAUACCAAUACAGCUUAAAUGCUGCAUUUUGUCUUUUUUUUUAAUGUUUUUUUUGUUUAAAACUUGUUAUAAUAAUGUCAUUUCUGAGAUCCUUAAGACAGAACAUGCUUCACGAUACUGCUGUGCAGUGGUUCUGCCGAUCGACUUCAUUUCAGGCCUCUGUUUACAUUUUUCCGGGUCAGAAAAAAAUCUCCCCGCCCCUUUUUUCUCGUAAAAAGGGAUCCGAUUCGGCUUGGUUUUCACAAGAAGUCUAAAAUAACCGAUGACAAGCUGCUCCUUUCGUGGUCUACUACUGAUGAUUGUUUCCAAUCAGUGUUUAAUUUUAUAUUAGUUUCAUUUGGUCCUUGAAUGAGGAACAGGGAUGGAACCGAGGCAGCUAUAUGACUUAACAUAUCCAACCUGAUGUACGUUGAUCUUGAUCCUGAUGGCCGUACCUCGAACACGAUUCACCCGGUCGUUUUUCUACAGUGUUUUAAAUGGAACAACAUUCCAGGAUACCUCAAUGUGAAUUUCAUGUGAAGUUGCAAUUGAGACUUUUUUUUUUUUUAAUCAUCUUCUUUUCAUCUGUGUAAAAGGGGCUGAACGAUACUCUAGGGGGAUUUCUGAUUUGAAUCCCCCUAAAAUAUGUCAGAAUACUUAUUUGUGGCUUGGUCACAUUAUUGUGAAAUGAUUGUGCAAAACAUUAUCUUACUAUCAUGAGGUUUACUAGCGUAUAGAUUGUGCGUUAUGUAACUAAAUGAUUGACUUGAACAACCAUCACCUCCACCUCCAUCAACCUCAUCACUCAUCACCCGAACACCGUCUCCUUUCAGCACAUUCCUGGAUUUCGCAGAUCUACGUUUAUGAAUGUUCGGAAGUUUA